GGCGAGCAGCACUGGCCUGAGCCUCCUUCUGGGCUGAGAAGCAUCAUGGCCAGCGUCCUACAGGCCUCCCUGGCUGCCCUCCUUCUGCUGCCUAUGGCCAGCGCCAUGCACUCUGACUGCAUCUUCAAGAAGGAGCAAGCCAUGUGCCUGGAGAAGAUCCAGAGGGCCAACGAGCUGAUGGGCCUGAAUGACUCGUCCCCAGGCUGCCCUGGCAUGUGGGACAACAUCACAUGUUGGAAGCCUGCCCACGUGGGUGAGAUGGUCCUCGUCAGUUGCCCCGAGCUCUUCCGAAUCUUCAACCCAGACCAAGUCUGGGAGACGGAAACCAUCGGAGAGUUUGGUUUUGCUGACAGUAACUCCUUGGAUCUCUCAGACAUGAGGGUGGUGAGCCGGAACUGCACAGAGGAUGGAUGGUCGGAGCCGUUCCCUCAUUAUUUCGAUGCUUGUGGGUUUGAUGAGUACGAGUCUGAGACCGGGGACCAGGAUUAUUACUACCUGUCGGUGAAGGCCCUGUACACAGUUGGCUACAGCACGUCCCUCGUCACCCUCACCACUGCCAUGGUCAUCCUGUGUCGUUUCCGGAAGCUGCACUGCACCCGAAACUUCAUCCAUAUGAACCUCUUUGUGUCGUUCAUGCUGAGGGCCAUCUCCGUCUUCAUCAAAGACUGGAUCCUCUACGCUGAGCAGGACGGCAACCACUGCUUCAUCUCCACUGUGGAAUGCAAGGCUGUGAUGGUUUUCUUCCACUACUGUGUUGUAUCCAACUACUUCUGGCUGUUCAUUGAGGGCCUGUACCUCUUCACCCUGCUGGUGGAGACCUUCUUCCCUGAGAGGAGAUACUUCUACUGGUACAUCAUCAUUGGCUGGGGGACCCCAACUGUGUGUGUGUCCGUGUGGGCUGUGCUGAGGCUCUACUUCGAUGACACAGGCUGCUGGGAUAUGAAUGACAACACGGCUCUGUGGUGGGUGAUCAAAGCCCCUGUGAUUGGCUCCAUAAUGGUUAAUUUUGUGCUCUUCAUCGGCAUCAUUGUCAUCCUCGUGCAGAAACUUCAGUCUCCAGACAUGGGAGGCAAUGAGUCCAGCAUCUACUUCAGCUGCGUGCAGAAAUGCUACUGCAGGCCACAGCGGGCUCAGCAGCACUCUUGCAAGAUGUCAGAACUGUCCACCAUUACUCUACGGCUCGCCCGGUCCACCCUGCUGCUCAUCCCACUGUUUGGAAUCCACUACACGGUCUUUGCUUUCUCCCCAGAGGACGUCAGCAAGAGGGAGAGACUUGUGUUUGAGCUGGGGCUGGGCUCCUUCCAGGGCUUUGUGGUGGCUGUUCUCUACUGUUUUCUGAAUGGGGAGGUGCAGGCGGAGAUCAAGCGGAAGUGGAGGAGCUGGAAGGUGAACCGCUACUUCACCAUGGACUUCAAGCACCGGCACCCGUCCCUGGCCAGCAGCGGGGUGAACGGGGGCACCCAGCUCUCCAUCCUGAGCAAGAGCAGCUCCCAGAUCCGCAUGUCUGGCCUCCCAGCUGACAACCUGGCCACCUGA